GCUAAGCGUUUCUAUAGCUACAGCACAACAAAGAACUGAACAUGGAGGAUGAGUAUGAUGAUGAUGAUUUUGAGGAGGAAAGACCAUCAGGAGAGAGCAGUAGAGGACAAUCACUUCACCACAUAACCCCAAUACAUCACAGAACCGUUAGAAAAACAAAAAAAAUAACUCCACCUGGAAAGCAGCAGCAGAAAAAGAAAGUUUCAAAAUUGAAAACAGAUCUGUCUCCUCAGAGUAGACUCCUCUCAUCAAAAGACCAUGAGAUUAGGAAACUAAGAAAUCAGUUACUGGAUGCACAGCGUUCACUGAAAGAAACCAGAAAAGAAAAUACAAUAAUGAGGAGAACACAAGUGAGGAUGGAGAAGGAGUUGAUGUCACGCUCAAGACAAGAAGAGGAUAUACCAAACAUAUUGCAGAAGCACUCUGAUGAAGUGAGGGCAUUAAGAACACAAUUACAAAGGACACAAAUUAACAAUAACGAGUUAAAGAAACGUGUCAAAGAUAUUGGAACUGAAAUGUGGAAGUCACAAGAGCGAGUAAAGAAGCUUGAUGCCAUGGUUAAGAAGCGUAAUUUACCAGAAAGAGAACAGCUUGUGUUCCAGUUACAAGAGCUUCAGGAACAACUUAAAAUUGAAGAAGAUAAAACAAUUAAAUUGGAUCACUCAUUACAGUUGGCACAGAAGACAUACUCACAAGAGAUAAAGAAUCUCCUUGGAAAGAAUCACCGACUCACAGCACAUAUGGAAGAAAUGAGAGAAGAAAACAGAGAAACAAGAAGAAAGCUAAGAGAGAAGGAGAGAUUGCUUGAAGUGACUAACAUAUACUCACAGCGAGUACCAGGACAAUCACAGAAUAACUCACUGUCACUCCCUCCUAUACCAGUCACUGAUGAAAUGAGCACACAAACAACACUCACUCACCCUCCAUUCACCACAGCAGUCCUACACACUAAACCAGUUCUAACCACUUCAGAGUGUCAGACCGAUUCAUCAUGGCUCAACGACUUACUAUCCUUGUCCAAAACUUCGCCAAAUAAAGAACCGGUUGCCACGGAAACUAAAAGAGGCAUUGCCAUGGCAACAAUAGAUGCUCAAGGUGGCGAUAGCUUGAGAAAGUUUGUUGUAGCCACACCUCCUCUAGCAGCAGCAAGUUUACAAGCAACUCCUCCAGCAGUAGCUGGUUCACAAGCUACUGCUGUACCUCCUAAGCCACUUGCAACACUUGCAGAGCUGUCAAAAAAUGUUUCGCCUGCUUCCAAUAAAAACGAAACUGUUUCACAAUACAAAGUUGAUCAUAGUCAGCAAAAACCAGUCAAACCAGUUGAUCAAGUGUCUCAAUCUGACGAAGUCAGGAAACUGCUGUUUGGAAGCAAUGCAUCAUCCACUGAUCAGGCUAGAAGAGAUGAAGCUCCUCCAACUUCUGUUUUUGGUGGUCAGAAGAAAGACGAUUUGUUGCAAAAGCUGUUCCCUAAUCAAACAAUAGCCUCUAGGGCAGGGUUACCUAAUAAGUCUAACAUUCCUACAGAUAAUCAGACUACUGCACCUACCACUAGUAAUAGGCAUAAUGAGAGUACUGCUGGUAUUGGUAGUUUAAACAACGAACCAAUAGCAACAAACAAUACGACUGGUUUACAAUCUGAAGCCAUACCAAACUUAAGCUUACUGGAAACUCGUAACACAACAACUACAAAUACUGGUAUAACCAGUUUGACUGGUAUAAAUACGUCGUCAAACAGUAAGCAAACUGGAUCAGUUUUCAAUACUGGUCAGACUGAACUAACAAGCAGACAACAGGAGUCUUCCAAUACCGGUGUUACUAGUUUACUAAACAAGUCAAUGCCUCCACCGCCUAGCCUUCAACAAACAGUGGCAACAAUUGAUGACCUCUCAACAGAUAAUGAUGAAACAUCAAGUGAUGAUGAUGAUGAGAAUAUUGUUACUACUAAGAUCACUGCUAGAGGACAUCCCCACACUUAUCCUCCUCCUACUACUACCACUACUGACACGAGCAACCUAUUCAGUAAUCAGACUCCUUCAGUUAAAACCACGCCAGGAGCUGCAAAGAAUGAAGAAUUGAUGAAGAAAUUAUUUCCAAAGCAAUCAAGGACAUCGGUUGAAUCUGUUACUAAAAUAACAAGCAGUACCUCCUCUAAUGUUAGCUGGAACGAUAAAAUUGAGAACAUGCACCAGGGACUACCAUCAAUGGCUAGCGAAGAGGAUCGCUUCAACCACAGACGAAGCAAUCCAAAGAUUAGUAGCAACCAUAGCAAUGGGAGCAAUGCAGGGACUGGAGAUAUAAUCGACGUAGGGAAGAGAAAACCAAAACAUGGACGCAGGGCAGGAGAAACUGACACGCCCAUAUUUGGAAGAGGGGCUGAGAGAGAGGACGUUCCUCCAAGAGGGACAAGCAAUGUUUUUGGAGGAGGAGGAGCUGGUAAUGGAUACCCGUGGGAAAUACCAGUUAAUACAAGAGGAGCAGAACAAGGUAGAAGAGUGACUGGACACUCUACUAAUGAUACUGAGGACAUAGAAGAAGUAGUAAUAUAAAAAUAUAUCAUAAUGGAUUAUUUUAUGAAUGAAUAUUUAUACAAAAAUGUAUGGAUGGUUAAUGCUCAUUGUUAUUAUACAUGUACAUGUAAUAAUUAAUAAUAAUUAUAAUAGUCCUAUCAUACAUUGCUUUUUGUUAACAAGUUCAUUCAGAGUCUUCAUAUAAAAGAUUGAAAAGUCAUUCCAUACCUAUAAACAAGGAAACACUAA